AUCACAUUCAGGCUGCAAGCUCUAGGACAGAUAAAACAGGUCAUGAGGAACCUACGUUACGUCUUUUGGAAGCGACCAGUUGGAGGGAAAUUUUCGUACCCUGUGAUGAUCCAACUUUCAAUAGUCUUCUGUGUUCAAGUUCUGCUGGUUGGAGCACUCCCGGUCAACACCGAGCCUGAUUCAACCUUAACCCUUACUGUUGGUUCAGAUGGGGUUAUUCCGUUUGCAUGCAGAAACGAACAGCAGUCUGCGACCAAGUACUACACUGUCAAGUUCGAGGAGAAAGACCGCCCAUUUUACAUUGAUGGAACUUUCGACCCAGAAGGACUUAUGUCACCCGAUCAGGCCGAAAGAUUUAGGGUAGAGUAUUUUGAAGAGGGCAGUUCUAUGUCCGUCGAAAUCAACAUUGUAUCUGUGUCCGUCGAAGAUCAGGGGACAUAUAUUGUUCUCCUCAUUAUCCAAGGGGAGACACCAGAGUAUCAUUUGAUGAAAAGAGUUGUCCUAAUAUUUAUCCCUCCUGGUCCAGCAGUUUGCUUUUUAAUGCCCAGUGAAAAAAUGUGGAAUUUUUACGAGGUGCAUUGUCAUUCCAAACCUGGAAAUGGUAAUUCAACCCUCACUUGCUUUCAAAACGGCGACAAGAUACCGUAUCAAAACGAUGGCGUUAAUACACAAAUAGUGAAUAGACGAAUAUUUUGGCUCUUGCAUGUAGAUAUCCCUGUAUCGUGUUGUUCUCAUGAUAUCAAGGAAUGGGACACUCUUACCCAAACGUCAUGCGACCAAUACAAAUAUCCCCGGAUUGAACAAGACAAUAGUCCAGUCCCGCCAGUCCAUGAGAUUCCUACUAAACUGACACUGACAACAAGACCCUUAUCAAUGGAAGAGAAACAGAAUCAGCCUUUCCCUGAAACCAUACCAUAUUCUGGAUGUGGUCGGAAUUUUGAUUGGUCCUCUGUUAUGCUCCCACUAAUGGCACUUUUCACGUACAUGUAUGUGUGCAUAUCCAAUCCUUAA